AUGGAAAUUUUAGAAAUUAGAGACUCACAGGAAUAAAUUAAAACCUAGGAAUACACAAAUCAUAAUAUAUUUUAAGACUUAAAAAACUUCCCAAGAGCUGGAGUUUUCUCGUUGAAGUAUAAUUAGAAUAAUGAUAGUAUAAGAAGAACAGAUGAAGACAAAGAAGAAGAAAAAUAGCAAAAUGGCUCAUAAAAUAGCUCUAGUGAUGAAGAUAAAUCGAAUGAAGAGCUAAAGUUGGCAAUCAAGUUUAAGCAAGAUAAAUACAGAGUUGAAAUCAGAAAUAAAAAGAAUAAACAAACACUUUAGACUAAAAGAAAAGCAAUGAUGAAAUAAUUCUAAUAGCACUUAUAGAACAUAUAAGGAGUUAGGUAAAAAAGCGAAGCUUAAAAAGAAAAUGAAUACAGCUCUGCCAGUGAAGAAUUUAAAUAAAUGAAGUUUGAAAAUAGCAUCAAAGAGCUUUAUGAAAGUUACCAAAAAGGGGAAUUAAAUAAACUAGAAGAAAUAUUAGAAGAUAUUUACAUAUUGAUGAGAAUUGAUAAUAAGUUUGUAGGAAAUACUAAUCACAUACAGUUUAGUUAUUAUUUAUUAGAGAUAUUAAAGAAUGCGCAUUCUAACAGUAAUUGCUUAAUUAAAUGUAUGCAAAUCAUUUGUUCCAUACAAGACUAUUUUUAGUUAGAGCUUAAUCAGCCUUCGAUUCUGCCGAAUGUAUUGAAUCAUUAGCAUUUUAUUAAGAUUUUGUCUUCAUUGGUUUCGACUUCACUUUCUUCUUCUAUCAGUGUACAUAACAAUAUUCUAUAUACUUUGUAUGUUUUCACUGAAAGAGAUAGUAAAUUUAUAGAUGACAUUAUUAGAGAAUAAAUAAUUGAAAAGUGUGUCAAAAAUUUUGAUAUUAGCUAACAAGCAAAUUUUGAUGAGCAAUUUGAUGAUACUACAUGGAUUUAUUUGAUAGCUGUGUAUUCAAACUUAGCUUAGCAUUGCAAAUUUCCAAAGCAUCUCAAUUAUUUUGCUACAAAUAUAAAUUUGUUCAUAAAUAUGCUUAGAUUGAAAAUUGAAGACGGGUAAUCUGAAUAGAUUUUUAAGUACUAAAUUUUAAAAAGCCUUUCUUUUUUGAUGAGAAAAGAAAGCAACUUUGUAAAUGUAUUUAAUAAUGAAAAUGAUUAUAUAUAGUUGAUUUAAGAUUAAGCCAAGAAAUAUAGUAACAAUUAUUUAUUGUUUUCUGAAAUUAUUGAUAUAGUAAGCUGUGUUACAAGCAUAGACGAAAAUGAGAGUUUAAUAUAUAGACUCAUAUUUGAUUUUUAAGAUAUUUAAUAGAAUAAUUAGGAUAAUAUAAACGAGUUUUUCUUAUUAAAUGCUAUGAUAUCUUGUCUUGAUGAAAAAGUUGACAUUAAUAUUGAUUAAAAAAUAUAUUUGACUCUUUUAAAUAUUCUGCUUUCAGGAAAUGAAUGUCUUUAAAAAUGCAAAUAAUUUAAACUAUGUAAUAAAUUAAUCAAGAUUUUAUAGUCUGAGUAGAAUGAAUAAUCUUAUAGUACUUGUCUAGACGUCAUUAGAUCAUAUGUUAUACUUAUGGAUGAAAUCUAAGAUUAUAAUGAAAUAUUUGAAAUAGCUAAUUCGACAGAAUUGCUUUAAAAUUAUUUUAAUUAAACUCAAAACUUCUAAAAAUAAACUAUCUUAUUACAAUUAUGUUUACUUUAGCAUUUCUUGUAUGCUGGAGAUAAAAUAUAGUAGUAACAGCCAUUAAUAUAUACAGAAAAUCCCAUAAAAACAAUCCUAUAAAAGUACCACUAAUUAGAAUAUUUAAAUGAAUUUUAGUAUGAUUCAAGCAAACAAAUAUAUCAAAUAUGUUAAUAAAUAAUAACACAGUAUUUGGAUAAUACUUUAGAAUGA